GGCUUUAUUCUCGAGAGAAACCUCGUUAAAUUUACCUGAAAGGUCAAAGGUCACACAAGGUGCAGGCAGCUCUCAGCCUGAAUCAAAGCAGAAGUACUCGAGUAAAGCAGCUUCCUCACAGUCCUCUGUCUCCGCCCUCUCAGCGAGUACAGCAUGGUGGAGGAUGAGGAGGACCUUCCUCAUCACGACGAGCGUCUGUGGCGCCUCGGAAACAUCAACCGCAGCCAGGCGGAGUCUCUGCUGCGAGGGAAGAGGGACGGCACCUUCCUGGUCCGGGACAGCAGCAAGCCGGGCUGCUACGCCUGCUCCGUGGUGGUGGAUGGCGAGGUGAAGCACUGCGUCAUCAACAAGACGAGCACCGGCUACGGCUUCGCUGAGCCCUACAACCUGUACGGCUCGCUGAAGGAGCUGGUGCUCACGCUCACGGUGCUCCGGGCUGUUUGUCUGCUACAGAUCGAUGUCACCGAGGAACAGAAGCGAGGCAGGGACGCCGUGUUUCAUGGGCGGUGUGAGGAUGGGCGGAGCUGCUGUCGCUUAGACCUGGUGUGA